CCCUCCCCCCCAUCUCCCCUAAAUUCUUUUUUUCGUCCCCCCUCCCCCCUCUCUCGGGAACUUUGUGUAGGUUCCUGGCAUUCACGCCGGAUGGCGGUGAAGUAGGUGGCAGCUGGGCUUGUGUGUGACAUGAACAUUGUGAUGGUUUAAAGGAAAGAGACCGACUUGGAAGGGAGGGGGGGAGAAAAGGAAGAAGGGGGGAACCAUCUUCACCAACAAGAAGCAAAACAGCUGGAAAGAAAGGGGGACACAGUUGCCGAUGACAAAAGGAUGGGUUUCCAUGUAAUCAAGCAGCUGAGAGGCAUGAGUGCAGUGUUGGUGCUCCUCCCUACAGUGCUGUUUGUGACGCUAACCGGGGCUCAGCGAGCUUGCCCCAAAAACUGCAGGUGUGAUGGCAAAAUUGUGUACUGCGAAUCUCAUGCAUUCAGAGACAUCCCUCAUAACAUUUCCGGAGGGUCUCAAGGCUUAUCGUUGCGGUACAACAGCAUCCAGAAGCUCAAGCCAAAUCAGUUUGCAGGCCUUCACCAACUCAUAUGGCUAUACCUUGACCAUAAUUACAUCAGUUCUGUAGAUGAGGAUGCCUUCCAGGGCAUCCGUAGGCUGAAGGAAUUAAUUCUGAGCUCCAACAAAAUUACCCAUCUGCAAAACAAAACAUUUCACCCAGUCCCCAACCUCCGCAAUCUGGACCUGUCAUACAACAAGCUGCAGGCACUGCAGUCUGAGCAGUUUAAAGGUCUCCGCAAGCUCUUGAUCUUGCACUUACGUUCAAACUCAUUGAAAACCGUUCCAAUUCGAGUUUUCCAAGAUUGUCGCAAUCUCGAUUUUCUGGAUUUGGGCUACAAUCGCCUACGGAGUUUAUCCCGCAAUGCUUUUGCUGGUCUCUUGAAGCUAACGGAGCUCCACUUGGAGCACAACCAGUUUUCUAAGAUCAACUUUGCUCACUUUCCACGUCUCUUCAACCUCCGCUCAAUCUACUUGCAAUGGAAUAGGAUCAGAUCCAUCAGCCAAGGUUUAACGUGGACUUGGAGUUCCUUACACAACUUGGAUUUAUCAGGGAAUGACAUUGCAGGGAUUGAACCCGGGACGUUCCAAUGCCUGCCCAACUUGCAGAAACUCAAUCUGGAUUCCAACAAACUUACCAACAUCUCUCAGGAGACUGUCAAUGCCUGGAUUUCUUUACUAUCCAUCACUCUCUCUGGAAAUAUGUGGGAAUGUACUCGGAGCAUUUGCCCUCUAUUUAAUUGGCUUAAAAACUUCAAAGGAAACAAGGAAAGUACCAUGAUUUGUGCAGGCCCAAAGCAUAUCCAGGGUGAAAAAGUGAGUGAUGCCGUAGAAACCUACAACAUUUGUGCUGAAAUUCCAGUCGUGGUGACUGAAAAGCCCUACCAGGCCACUAAAACUCAGCAGAGGCCCAUAUUUGUUCCAAAGCCUACUCUUCCCAAACUGGAAGACUAUCAGCCAACCUCUUUUACAGCAAAUCCUUCUCCAGAUUUCCCAACAUCUGGACCAGAGCCAGAGUAUGAGCAUGUUUCCUUUCACAAGAUUAUUGCUGGAAGUGUGGCCCUCUUUCUAUCGGUGGCUAUGAUUUUGUUGGUUAUCUACGUCUCAUGGAAGCGCUACCCAGCCAGCAUGAAACAGCUCCAGCAACACUCUCUUAUGAAGAGGCGCCGGAAAAAAGCUCGAGAGUCUGAAAGGCAAAUGAACUCCCCUUUACAGGAGUAUUAUGUGGACUACAAGCCGACAAAUUCCGAGACCAUGGAUGUAUCGGUUAAUGGAUCUGGACCCUGCACGUAUACCAUUUCUGGCUCCAGGGAAUGUGAGCUCUCCGGAGAAGUCCUGUUUCAAAAAGGAAUUGUCAUGGAUGAUUGUGCAGUGAAUAAGGUCCCUCACCAUAUGAAAACCUUGCCCUAUUACAGCUACGACCAACCAGUGAUUGGAUAUUGCCAGGCCCACAAACCCCUCCAUGUAAAUAAGGGAUACGACACAAUCUCCCGGGACCAGGCUGAAGCCACCAACUUGGAGUUGAGUCGAGACCACAGCUUCAUUGCUACAAUUGCACGUUCGGCUGCUCCAGCUAUUUACAUUGAGAGAAUACCAAACUGAUGGAAUCUCUUUCCUGAGAAUCAAGAGAGGUUGUGUAUGGGAGGCUUCUUUUUUUUCUGGGGAGGGGGGAAACCUUCGAGUGAAGAGGAACAAGGAGAAGAAGACAACUCACCAUUCCAGUUACAAACGUUUUGAUGCAAACAACAGGAAAGGGGAACCCAAUAAAUAAAUAAAUGACACGUUGCUUGAGGACUGCCGUAUAAGGAAAUUCAGUCUAGUGACACUAUAGUACCGACUGGAGAACUUGAGAAUUUCCUUUGGCUUUAAACUGUCGAACUUCUUGGUGUACAUAUCAAAGAAAGAUUGCUGAGUUCUUAUAUAAAAAUGCGAGCGAACGAGCGAGAGAAUUAGAUUUCACUCUAGCAACAUAAAGGGAUGGAUUAAAAGUUCUGUUUGUAUAUUUGGUUUUUCUACACUGCACGGUUCCUUCAAAGGGGAACCAGAGGUACCAAUUAGGGGUGGGACGUGGGAGAACAUAGAAUGGAGUAUGAGAUAUUGUUUAUUGUUUAUUACUCUUAGAAGUAACAGAAGGUUUCUUUAUUUUUCCAUUUGGGGGUGGGAGGGAGGGGAAUAAACCAAACUGAGUCCCGUUUUCCUUUUCUUUUUUUUCCCCCUUGAGGGAGUGGAAGGCCAGUGUUAUAAUUUCAGAUUCCAAACGUGGUUAUGUUGAACCAAAUGGACAUUGGCAAUUCCUGAAAAAAGAACCAAGAGGCAAAAACAGACAAACCUCGGGGUGCAUGUACAUUUAAAACACAUGCUGUACAUUAUAGGGAAAGGGUGACUUUUAAGUUUUUUCCUAUCUUCAUUGUGCUUCAUUGUUGACACUACAAUUAUGUUUAGGGCUCUAUAAUAAAAGAAAGAAAGAAAGAGGGAGCAGUUAUUGAUGACAAGAGAGCUCACACUUGAACAGGAUAGCUGUGCUGAAUGCAGGGGGAGAAGGGGACUUUGGGUAUGGAAAUAUUCAUUAUAUACCUGGAAAUUGGGGG